AUGAUUAGCGAAAAAUGCUUCAACAUCAUAGGAAAUGGUGUUGUGGUGAACUUGGAUGCUUUUUUCUCCGAACUUGAUCACAAUGGAGUGAAUAAAGAACCUGGUUGGGAGAAAAGGAUCAUGAUCUCUGCCGAGGCUCAUCUAGUUUUUGGUGUGCACGCUCAAGUUGACGGACGUCAAGAAGAUAGCCUUGCCACACAUCAGAUUUUGGAAACAGGGUUCUCUUUUUCUAGAAAAAUUGGCACCACUAACCGUGGCAUUGGCCCCACAUAUUCUUCAAAAUGCUUCCGAAAUGGCAUACGUGUCGCUGAUCUCAUGGGUGAUUUCGAGAGCUUUUCUGAGAGGUAUCUUCGACUCGUUGAACAUUAUAAGAAGCAGUUUCCAAGUAUAGACAUUGAUACGAAGGCGGAGCUUGCCCGAUUCAAGGAACAUCGCGAAAAACUCAUUGAGCUAAAUUUGGUGGGCGACAGCGUUAGCCGCCUCCAUGAGUUGAGAAAACAAGGACGCUCAGUUUUGGUGGAAGGAGCAAAUGGUGCCCUUCUAGACAUUGAUUUUGGCACCUAUCCGUAUGUAACCUCGUCAAAUGCCACUGUGGGCGGAGCUUGCACUGGUCUU